AUGAACGAUAAACUGAAAUUUUUUCUAAAACUAUAUCAGUACCAGACGAAAUCAGAAUAUUAUGUUUGUCAGUAAUUUAAAAGAAUACUAAAAGAAGAAGAGUAAAUUAUAUAAUUGAAUUCAAGCCAAUAGGUUUAAACUAUCGUAGAAUAGCUAAAACAUAAAUAUUAUUAGAAACCUAAUGAAGAGAGCAAUAAGGAAUUUCUUUAAUUUUUAAAUCGCUUAAGCUUUCUGAUAUUAAGAAAGGUCGUAAAUAUUUAAUUAAAAAAGGCUUGA